AUGUCCACCCUACCACUCAAGGCCAUGUCUCGUAUCUGGGGUCGCUUCAACGAGCUCGAGAUUCCCUACUAUCUCCGCGUCCCAGGGUUCAAGCUGUACGGCUGGAUCUUUGGCGUCAACUUUGAUGAGAUCAACGAACCCGAUCUCCACGUCUUCCCCAACCUCGCCUCAUUCUUCUACCGCACCCUCAAGCCUGGCGUUCGUCCUCUGGAUCCCAACCCCAAUGCUCUUCUCAGUCCCGCCGACGGCAAAGUCAUCCAGUUUGGUACCAUCGACAACGGCGAGGUCGAACAAGUCAAAGGCGUCACCUACUCUCUCGACGCUCUCCUCGGCUCGCAAAAGCCCACUCGCGCCACUCCCAACCCGCAUCCCAGCAAAGAUCGCUCCAAGUCCGCAGAUCAAGAGAUUAUCCGCGCAGACGAGGAAUUUGCCCAGGUCAACGGCAUCUCCUACACCCUGCCCAACCUCUUCUCUGGCGGCAAAAGUAAGGAUCAGCCAAAGACUGCCACCGAAGAUCAGUCUACACCCGCAAGAGCUAGUUCCGAACAAGAAGUCCGUGAUUCGCUCGCUCUAGGUGACGGCGCCGGCGCUCAAGACAACUGGUGGCAACCCGUUUCCACCGCCGCACGACCCACAGCCCUCUACUACGCAGUCAUCUACCUCGCACCGGGCGACUACCACCGCUUCCAUUCCCCUUGCUCAUGGGUCGUCGAGUCCCGCCGUCACUUUGCCGGCGAGCUCUUCUCCGUAUCUCCAUAUCUCCAACGCACACUCCCCGGCUUGUUCACCCUCAAUGAGCGCGUGGUCCUUCUCGGUCGCUGGCGCUACGGCUUCUUCUCCUACACACCCGUUGGCGCCACAAACGUUGGCUCCAUCAAGAUAAACUUCGACAAGGAAUUGCGCACAAACUCGCUCACCACAGACACAGCAGCCGACCGCGCAGCCGCCGACGCAGCAGCAAAGGGUCUCGAUUACUCUGGUUUCGCAGAAGCAACAUACAACAAUGCCUCGCCACUCUUGCACGGCCAACCUCUGAAGCGUGGAGAGGAAAUGGGAGGCUUCCAAUUGGGAAGUACCAUUGUACUGGUCUUUGAAGCCCCCAAAGGCAAGAGACCCAGUUUUGAUGAGGGAUGGGGUGAGGCUUCGGGUACGUCCGAGGAUAGACGCGGUGGUUGGAGGUGGAACAUCAAGCCUGGGCAGUAUGUACAGGUUGGUCAAGCUAUUGGCUGGGUGAGGGAUGAACAGCAAUAA